UUCGGAACAUUAUUGUUUGAUGAUUUGAAGUCUGGAAGUUUACAUUGGAAAAUAUGGAAAGGUUUUUAUCAGAAGUUCUAAUGGACAGUCAAAAUGGAGGAGGAGAGUCAUUGAUUGGGACUAUAAAGAUAGCAGUUUUACCCAUAGCAAAGGUUUUUACAGUUUGCUUCUUGGGAUUUCUUCUUGCUUAUUUUAAGCUAUUACCAGCCAAUGGAAGGAAGCUUUUAAAUGGGUUGGUUUUUUCACUUUUACUUCCAUGUUUGAUAUUCUCUCAACUCAGACAAGCCAUCACUUUAGAGAAAAUGAUUGAGUGGUGGUUCAUUCCUUUUAACGUUGUUCUAGCUACCAUAUCAGGGUCGUUAAUAGGUCUACUUGUUGCGUCCAUCGUUCGUCCACCAUACCCAUUCUUCAAGUUUACUAUCAUACAAAUUGGAAUCGGAGAGUCCUGA